AUUAUGUCAAAUUUAAUUUUUCCUUAAAGUCUGACGGUGACGGUUAAAAGUUGGAAUUGUAUCAUCACAUUUUCACUAAACAUCUUCUUAAAACUUUAAGGCAAAUUAAACAAUUUUGAACGUGGUACAGAAAUGGAGGUUACCGAUGAAAACCUGGCUACGUUAGCAAAUUACCUUCAACAGACUUUAAGCCCGGACACCAACGUUCGGCGACCGGCUGAAAAAUUCCUUGAAAGUGUUGAGGUGAAUCAGAAUUAUGCCAUUCUGGUGUUACAUCUCAUUGACAAAGAGUCAGUAGAUCUUACAAUACGGGUAGCUGCUGCGAUCGCCUUCAAGAAUUUCAUAAAACGGAACUGGCCUAUUGAUGAAGAUGGAGUGAAUAGGAUUCAUGCUUCUGACAGGAAUACUAUUAAAACAUUGAUUGUUUCACUAAUGCUGAAGUCCCCGGAAGCCAUUCAAAGGCAGUUCAGUGAUGCUGUGUCUAUUAUUGGUAAAAGUGACUUCCCUGAAAACUGGCCUAGUCUCAUCCCCGAGAUGGUUGAAAAGUUUAAUACUGGUGACUUCCAUGUUAUAAACGGAGUUUUGAGGACUGCUCACUCGCUGUUCAAGUGUUACCGGUACGAAUUCAAAUCACAAAAACUUUGGGAAGAAAUUAAACACGUCUUAGAGAACUUUGCUAAACCUCUCACAGAUUUGUUUGUGGCCACUAUAGAGUUGACUACGAAACACGCAGACAAUCCACAAGCUUUAAGAGUCAUCUAUGGAUCCUUGGUAUUGAUAUGCAAGGUGUUUUAUUCCCUAAAUUAUCAAGAUCUGCCGGAGUUCUUUGAAGACAACAUGCCUAUUUGGAUGCCGAAUCUCUUGAACUUAUUACAAGUCAAAGUACCCUGCGUGGAGACAAAUGACGAUGAUGAGACUCCGGGGGUGAUGGAGCAGCUUCGUACUGAGAUAUGUGAGUGCGCUGCGCUGUAUGCACUGAAGUAUGAAGAAGAAUUUGCCCCCCACGCGCCGGCCUUCGUCACUUGUGUUUGGACUGUACUGCUGGCGACAGGACCCCAAGCAAAGUAUGAUGCGCUCGUCUCGAACGCCCUAACUUUCCUCGCGAAAAUUGCAGAGAAAAACAAUUACAAGAGUCUAUUUGAAGAUCCAGCGACGUUGAGCAGUAUAUGCGAGAAAGUUGUCAUACCGAAUAUGGAGUUCAGAGAGUCGGAUAUGGAACUGUUCGAGGAUAACCCGGAGGAGUACGUGCGGCGCGAUAUCGAGGGCUCGGACGUGGACACGCGGCGCCGCGCCGCCUGCGACCUCGUGCGCUCCCUCGCUCAGCAUUUCGAGGACAAAAUGAUGAACAUCUUCGGACAAUACGUGCAGCUGAUGUUGGCGAAGUACGGCGAGAUGGGCGCGGCGGCGUGGCGCGGCAAGGACGCGGCCAUGUACCUGGUGACGUCACUCGCGUCGCGCGGCAGUACUCAGGCGGCCGGCGUCACGAAAGCCUCGCCCCUCGUCGACCUGGCACAGUUCGCGCAGGCGCAUGUACUGCCCGAGCUGCAGAGGACUGACUUGAACGAGUUGCCCGUCCUUAAGGCGGAUGCUCUCAAAUAUGUGAUGACCUUCCGAUCACUGCUACCAAAGGAACUCAUCACCGCAUCUGUACCAUUAUUGAUCGCGCAUAUAGGCGGGCGGGGUGUGGUUUGUAUAUACGGGGCUUCUGCGGUGGAGAAACUGAUAGCGGGGGGCAUGGUAUCACGCGCCACGCUGCAGCCCCACGCCGGCCCUCUACUGGGCGCGCUGUUCACGGCGCUGGGACAGGUACACGACCCACAGGAUCACAACGAUUACGUCAUGAAAGCUAUACUUCGCACGAUGUCGUGUUUACAAGAUGGCUGCCUUACGUACUUGGGUGAUGCUUUGCCGAAGCUCGCUCAUAUGUUAUCUGUGGUCGCCAAGAACCCUUGCAAGCCACGCUUCAACCACUACCUAUUUGAAACACUGUCACUCGCCGUUUCAUUGGUGACGAAAUCGAAUCCUAGCGCCAUAACUGCGUUCGAAGACGCUCUGUUCCCGAUAUUCCAAGAGAUUCUCCAGAACGAUGUUCAAGAGUUCAUGCCGUACGUGUUCCAGAUGUUGUCGCUAAUGCUGGAGUUGCGCGGCGGGGGCGCGGGCGGGGGCGCGGGGGGCGAGGCGUACGGCGCCCUGCUGCCCUGCGUGGUGGCGCCCGCGCUAUGGGAGCGCCCCGCCAACGUGCGCCCCCUCGUACGUCUGCUCUGCGCCUUCGUCGCGCAUCGCACGCAGCUCGUACUCGAUUCCGGACGACUCAAUGCCAUCCUAGGAGUGUUCCAGAAACUGAUCGCUUCAAAAACAAACGAUCACGAAGGAUUCUAUCUCAUGCAGACUAUGCUAUACAAGUUUGGGAACGACGUCAUGGGUCAGUACUCGAAGCAAAUAAUAACGCUGCUCUUCCAACGACUGUCUUCAUCGAAAACCACGAAGUAUGUGCGUGGUCUCAUCGCAUUCUUCGGCUUUUAUAUAGUACACUUCGGCGCAGACACCUUGAUAGACCUCGUUGAAUCCGUACAGGCCGGCAUGUUCGGUAUGUACGUGGAGCGCGUGUUGGUGGUGGACCUGCAGCGCGUGGGCGGCGCCCUGGAGCGUCGCGCCGCCGCCGCCGGCUGCGUGCGACUGCUGGCGCACUGCCCGCGCAUGCUCAGCGGGGACCUCGCGCCGCUCUGGCCCCGUCUGCUGCAGGCUCUGAUAUCACUGUUCGAGCUGCCGACGGACGAGUCGACGCUACCCGACGACCAUUUCAUCGAAGUGGACGACACGCCCGGGUACCAGGCGCAGUACGCGCAGCUUGUAUGCGCCAAAGGAGCCGCCGGGGACCCACUCGCUGGUAUCGAAGACCCGGUGGCGUUUUUAGCGACAUCGUUGGGAUCACUGGCGAGUCGUGCUCCGGGCGUUUUGCCUCAACGCCUGGCUGCCUUAGACGAGCCGCAUCGACAGGCAUUACAGCAUUAUCUCAACACAUACAGUGUACAAAUUUGCUGAAACAAUAUUCUAACUCGUCUACACUGAGAUGUAUUAAUCACUCGUAAAAUAAUAAAAAAUGUGAUGUUCAAUAGCCUACACCUUCCUCGAUACGUAUACUAUACAACGCUAAAAGACUUGUUCUAUUCGA